GCCGGGCCCGGCGGGGCGCCCUCCGCGCAUGCGCGGGGCGGAUGUUAGCACCGCCGUUAGCGCCGCCAGCGCCCGGGCUCUAUGGGGAGAACAUGGCUCCCUUCCCUGAGGAGGUGGACGUCUUCUCGGCUCCGCACUGGCGGAUGAAGCAGCUCGUGGGGCUUUACUGCGACAAGCUGUCCAAGACCAACUUCUCCAACAACAAUGAUUUUCGGGCUCUUCUGCAAUCUCUGUAUGCCACAUUCAAGGAAUUUAAAAUGCACGAGCAGAUUGAAAAUGAGUGCAUCAUUGGUUUACUUCAGCAGCGUAGCCGGACGGUGUACAAUGUGCACUCAGACAACAAACUCUCCGAGAUGCUCAGCCUUUUUGAGAAAGGGCUAAAGAACGUAAAGAAUGAAUACGAACAGCUAAACUAUGCGAAACAACUGAAGGAGAGAUUGGAAGCCUUUACGAGGGAUUUCCUUCCUCAUAUGAAGGAGGAAGAGGAGGUUUUUCAGCCAAUGUUGAUGGAAUACUUCACUUACGAAGAACUGAAAGAUAUUAAGAAGAAAGUAAUUGCACAACACUGCUCACAGAAGGAAGCUGCAGAAUUCAGAGGUCUUAGUAAGUGGAAUCAAGCUGAAGAGCUUCAGAAGGUCUUUAAAUAUUCUGUGGAUGAGAAGACAGAUCAAGAAGCUGAAGUAACCGGGCACACAACAAAUAUUACUAAUCUUCCUCCUGAAGUGAUGGUGACCAUUUUCAGUUACCUUAACCCCCAGGAACUAUGUCAGUGUAGCCAAGUAAGCACUGAAUGGUCACAGCUGGCUAAAACUGGAUCUCUUUGGAAACAUCUUUAUCCUGUUCGCUGGGCCAGAGGUGACUGGUACAGUGGUCCUGCAGCAGAUCUUGAGAUGGAACCUGAUGAAGAAUGGGUAAAAAAUAGAAAAGAUGAAAGUCGUGCUUUCCAGGAAUGGGAUGAAGAUGCUGACAUAGAUGAGUCUGAAGAAGCAGCAGAAGAUUCACUUGCCAUUAAUAUAGCACAGAUGGAGAAGCGUUUACUUCAUGGCUUAAUUCAUAAUGUUCUCCCACAUGUAGGCUCCUCAGUGAAGACAUUAGUACUGGCCUACAGCUCUGCAGUGUCUAGCAAAAUGGUUAGACAGAUCUUGGAGCUUUGCCCCAAUUUGGAAUAUUUGGAUCUCACUCAAACUGAUAUUUCAGACUCAGCAUUUGAAAGUUGGUCUUCAAUUGGUUGUUGUCAAAACCUUCGCCACUUUGAUCUGUCUGGAUGUGAAAAGAUCACCGAUGUGGCCAUAGAGAGGUUUUCCAGAGCUUUGGGUAUCAUAUCAACUCACCAUAACAGAGGCAUUCUGAAAGGCUGCAGAAACAGGAAUGCUAAGACUUCAUGGAAAAACAGAGAGAUUACUCUGCAGUCCAACAAGAAGUAUAAUUGCUUGCAUGAAAUCAACAAUGAAAACCUCAUUGAGGGAACAGACAGUAAGCAUCAUUGGACUAAACCUGACAGCUCUGAAAACUUCAGUUCUGCGUAUGUGUGGAUGCUGAAUGCGGAUGAUUUAGCUGAUAUUGAAGAUGCUGCAGAGUGGAGACACAGAAAUGUUGAAGGAUUUUGUCUUGUGGAGCCGGCAUCCCACAUUAAUUGUGCUGCAUCUUGCUGCAGUAGAGACAUUUAUGGUUUAAGGACUAGAGGGUGGCAGCAGCACUGUGCUUCUACUGACUUCAUUUACUGCGGUCACUCAUUUUGCUGUGGUGGAACAGCACUAAGAACUAUUCGAGCACUUCCAGAGUCCUCUGCACUGUGUAAAAAACCAACAAGGACUAAACAGUCAGAGGAAAAAGACUUGGCAUACUCUGGCAGUGACAAACCAGAUGAAGAGACUGCACGAGUUCUUCAGUUUCUCAGUCUGUCUGGGUGUUACCAGAUCACAGAUCGUGCUCUCAGGGCGUUGACUUUGGGAGGAGGACUGCCACACUUGGAGCACCUCAAUCUCUCGGGUUGUCUCACUGUAACUGGUGCAGGCCUGCAGGAUUUAGUUUCUGCAUGCCCUUCUCUAAAUGAUGAACACUUUUACUACUGUGACAACAUUAACGCAGAUCAGGGAAUGUUUUCGGGGAAGGAGAUUUGUUCUGGGAUCACGUUGGAAAACCCGUCAGUCUUGCAGAACAAAAAAUGGAGCCAACAGCAUGGAAUUUAGCCAUCUUUGAGUAAUAAAGAUACCCUGUUAUCUUUGAAAUAUAAAGGCUUUACUUCCACCUACAGCCUAUUCUCAGAAUUUUUUUUCUAUAAAGUUUGAGCUUGACAGAGGGCCCAGUAUAUGCAGCUUCACUCAUGUUCACUGUGGAGAUCUUGCUGGACUUGUUUGCUUGGCGUGUUUGCAAUUUUCAGACUUUCAUUUCAAAUGCUAUUAUACAUGUAGCUGUUGUACAUAUCUUGUAGCGUUAGUCACAGCUGUUGUACAGCAGUCAUAUGAGCAGAGCCUGUAAACUUGCAUGCAUCUCCAGAUUUAGUUUGUUUGUUUACUGUCAGUAUGAUUCCAGUUCUUGGUUUGCAUAGUAACACUUAGUUUGGAACCUCUGCCUGCUUCACUCUGUGCUGGAGACUUGGAGUUAAAUAACCCUCAGCUGCAGCUGAAAACAAAUCUGUUACGCUCCUCCUAAUUGCUGACUUUGUUGGAUGCCUGAAACACAUUUGUUUCUCCAGUUGUGCUGAACUCAGUAAGAGAACUUGAAUGUUUGAAUUACCUCUUGCACUUAGAAAUUUCUAUUUCCCCCCAUUUUGUCCUGUUCUGUCUUAGCUGUGUUCAGUCUCUGUAUUAUACUUCCAGUUUUAAAGCCUGUAAUGCAGUCAGCUUCAGGGUUAGAAUGUAGUUCCUGUAGUAGUACCUUGCUGCUUUCACAUAGGAUUUAAUUUCUACUGGCUUUUUAAAAUGUGGUUUUCAUGUACUGGGAUUAAAGGAAUAGGGAAAUAUUUGUUAAUAAAACAAAGUUGUGGCAGUUUCUGAUGAUUCACUCUUCUCUUGACACUUAAAAAUGUUUUGGUCACAGCUGGAUCUGUCUUCCAGCAAUGGAACUUUGAACUUAGCAAUUUCUGUUUAGAUCUGUGGACUCCCGUGUGCAGAUUUAUACAGGGGUGCAUUGAUAUUAGACUUCUAGGAGUUUGAUCUCUCCAUAAAUUCUCCAUAUAACAAAGGCACUGUGAUAAUGUUCUGAUGUGUAAUUUCACCAGAGGCUGACAAAGAAUAGCACUUAAGGCCAAUAUUAAUUUUAAAUCUCCAUUUAUGUUUUCAAGAUCAGUGCUUAAUUUGAUCACGUUCUUGUAAUUCCCUUGUAAUGUGCUCCACUACCAUCCAAUGUGGUAUCUGCUGUUGAGAAUAUAGGAGCCUCUCACUGAGCUGCAGUUCUAAACCUGUGCAACUCUUCCCCCUGCUUUGGGCUGUGGCUUUGCAGUGGUGGCUGUGGAAAUGAGGCAUCUUUCCUUCCCUCCUUGUGUUUCUGACAGCUCCUUUUUGCUGCCUUCCUGCUGUCAGUGUUUAUGUAGCUGCUUGGUAAACUAAAUGAAGAACUGGGGGUAGCAGGAGGCCUUUUUCCAUCUCAGAUGGGUUGGGGAUCAGUCCUGCUGUAGACCACAAGUAUUGCUGCUGCCAAAGGUGAGAGCUAAAGGGGUGUGGUGGCAGCAGCCAACUGUGCCUUGCACGAGUGACUCUUCCACCCCAGUUUGGGUUGGAGUGCAUUUUGUGUAAAAUGCUCUACUUCUUUCUAGGAAACUUUGUAUGCCUUACUAAAAGUAAACAAAAUCAAGUAAUCAGGUAGCUAUGUUUCUUUCUUAGCCAGGCACAUUCAUAUUACCAGGUUUUGAAAACACUGAGGGCUAUUCAGGAGGAAGAGGUAAACCUUUGUUCUGGGUCACCUGAAGUAAUCUGAUGUAUGUUUAAAGAGCAUUAUGGUAAUCCAGUUUAGAGGCAGCUAAACCAGUAAUGUAGACAGUGGCAGGUUAGAUGAGAAUCUGAUUAACUUUGCUUCUCCAGGUGAAUGACCCCAAACUUCAUUUUACUUAAGCACUUCACAGUACAGAACAUAGUGAGUAUGUCCUUCUUUGGGAUGUUGUGGUUCUGCUAGUUUUGUCACAAGUAUUAUUACUGGAAGUGUGGCGGUUGCUUCAGAUUACUGUGAUGUGCUGCUUAGCUGUGGCAGUGAUGGGGAAGGUCAGCUCUGAGUUGGAAAGUGCUGCACAGAACGUGCUCUGCUAAAACAACUAUUCAGAACCACCAAGUCUUCUUUUUAAAGAACUUUGGAAGAAGCUUUCAAACUCUAGCUUGUAAGUGAUGCGAAAAAUCAGGUGAACAGAGAGAAUAGAAAAUGAGUUCACCUACAAAUUGAAGUAUUGCUGUUUUCCUUAUUUGUAACCACUGUCCUUGAUUAUAGCUUCAGGUUUAUUUUAUUCAGUCUCAUGCAUGCUAACUUAGUUAUUUUGUAGAAUAUUGCUCCUCGACGUGUGGUGUGAAGCAGAAAACUGAUUUGAAGACACUGUUCUGGGGGAUUAAUUAUGACUUCAUGUUACUGUUCAAGGGGGAAAACAAGCCAGAUGUAGCAUGGUGCCCUUAUUUAUUACAUUAUUUUGCUACUCAUAAAUGUAUUAGAAACACAUUUCAGAAGGAUUUGAUUUGUUUCACAUAUGGAGGGGGGGAAAUGGAUUGUCCUGGUUAGUUCUUUACCAGUUUGCUUUAGUUAAUUAGAAGCGUGCUGCUGAGUUAUGUUGGGUGCCAGAGUUCAGCCAACCCACAUGCAAAUGUUUGUUUCUGAAGCAGGCGUAUGGCUGCAGGAAAUAAAAUCCUAUACUAAUACAUUUUAUAGUUUCUCAUGAUCACUUUUAACACUUCAAAUUAAAGGGAGAACAGUAAGUGAAGGUAAGUGGAGGUGGGUAGUAUUACAGUAUUGGUUUAUACUGUCUGUGCUCACAACUUCCUUUUUGAGGAACUGUUUUAGCUUUUAUGGCUUCUGAUAAAGCACCUUUACUGUCACUGCAGAUUUUUCCUUUUAGUCCUGGAUUUCCAGUCAGAGUACAGGAGCUGUAGCCAACUAUGUUGUGCUUGUGGAGAAACGCUCCAGACUGAGAACUGUUUCCAUAUGAUGGGUUGUUUUCUGUAAUGCCAUGAUGGCAUCCCCUGAAUUUGAAAAAAGCAGGCAUUAAAUACAUGCUAUGGAAAUGUACUUUGACUUUAAAAGGCAGCUGUGGGUGCUUUCUGAAGUUUGAAGAUUGAUGGUUGCUCAUCCCACACCUGUGUCACUGAAUGUUACACUCAUGGCACUAAGCUGUCAGUGUAAAAAAAGAAAACCUAUUAAAAAAAAAAACAACAACUCAGGGAGGUGUUAGUGAUACCAGCAGUGGUAUUUCAGGUGUUCCCAAUGCUGGAUGAAGUUUUGUGUUUAAGCAAACAAACAAAAGAUGUUUUAUGAAUUACAAGGUUAGAAGAUAUCUUCUAAGCCUAUCUUCUUCUUUUCACAUUUGUUCUGUUUUUGUGCAGGUCCUCAUGCUGAAACCGCCAGUGGAUGCCAGAAUUUGCAGUGUGGUUUUCGGGCCUGCUGCCGCUCUGGCGAAUGACCGCUGACUUCUGAUCUUUCAGUCUACUUCAUUUAGCUGAGCAGGCUUCCUUUCAUGCACUUUACUUACAGUUUGCAUCUUGUGUUAACAAUCCUUGGAGUGAGAUCUGUUAUACUAGCCUUGACCCUGCCCGUAACUUCAGAAUCUUAAGUGUACUGUACAGUGUUGUAACAAUCUCACGAUCUCAUUUGGUUUGAAAGGUGUUGGGUUUUCCUUUUAUUUUGGGAAGAUGGGAAAACAUGCAGAUUUUUUUUAAUGCCACUUUCUUCCAAGUUUGGCACUUAAAUAUACUUUAAUGGAUUAUUUUGUGUUAAGUGAAUGGUUUCUUAUUUUUAAUCCAUCAGUACAAUAUAAAGCUCUGCGGCUAAUUUGAAAUGUAUUGUUUGCAUUUGGGUAACAGUAAUACAUCUUUAGGAGCCUUGUUUCUCCCCCUUUCCUCUCAUCUUGAAGUUGUCCUUUAUAUUGCAAAAUUAGGGUAAUUCCCACUUUCCUUUUGCAUUUGGUUUUGUAUUUGGGCUUGAAAGACAUACUCAAAUAAAACAUUCCCACCACUAAAAACUUGAUGUA